CCAAGUUGGGGAGAGUUGUUGUGGGAGGUGGGAGAGAUCAGCUGAUGAUGCUGAGGGUCAAGACGUGACCUUUGGUCUCACAAGUGACCUGGGGGAGUAGGGAGGGUGCCGGCUGAUUGUCUUAUCUUACGCUCGCUCUCACUACAACCACACAACUCCAGCUACAUUUUGCCUUUGUUGGAGAAGAUCGUCUGAAAUUGGUUUAGUAAAAAAUAUUCGUCUUCACCAGCGCCGGACCAAAGUUUAUAUUACUGAGCAAAGACAUCCACGUGAAGAAUCUUUAACAAGAUGGAAAACACCCUAUUAUCGAUGCUUGCUCUUUUUACCUCCACAACCCUCAUUGGUUUGGGUAUUGGAACCAUCUUAUCAAAGUUCCACAUACUAUACAUUUGGAUGCACAAGGUGGAUAAGAAGAGCAAGCACCAUGGAGGAGAACUAGUUGCCGAAGUGUUACAGUCUCAUGGUGUACGUCACAUCUUCACACUGCCUGGUGGGCAUAUCUCACCAAUUCUUGUUGCAGCUGAAAAACUUGGAAUUCGUGUAGUUGACACUCGGCAUGAGGCAUCGGCGGUAUUUGCAGCAGAUGCCAUGGCACGCAUGUCGGGAACGGUAGGAGUAGCAGCUGUGACAGCAGGUCCAGGUCUCACUAACACCAUCACAGCUGUUAAAAAUGCUCAAAUGGCUGAAAGUCCAGUAUUGAUUAUAGGUGGUGCUGCAGCUACAAUUUUGAAGGGCCGUGGAGCUCUGCAAGAUAUAGACCAGUUGUCUCUCUUCAAACCUCUUUGCAAGUUGUGCACGUCUGUCAAAUGUAUACGAGAUAUAGUCCCAGUUGUUCGUCAGUCUCUACAGGUGGCACAAUCAGGAACACCAGGGCCAGUGUUCAUAGAGUUCCCAAUAGAUGUUCUAUACCCGUACGAGAUUGUGUCAAAGGAGCUUGGAGUCAAGGCAGAAGGCAAGUCAAUCAUGCAGAAGAUCACUAACUGGUACCUUGGAAACUAUUUGGACAACCUUUAUGCUGGAGCUUGGGAACCUCAGGACACAAAGCCUCUGAAAGUGACCAUACCUUUUGCCUCCAGUGAUAUAGUUAAUCGAUGUGUGGAGGUGGUAUCCAAGUCAAAGAAGCCUGUGAUUCUCCUGGGCAGUCAAGCCACACUUCCACCAACUCCUGUUGAGGAUCUGCGUCGCUCGCUAGAAACCCUGGGCAUUCCUUGUUUCCUUGGAGGAAUGUCUCGAGGCCUGCUUG